AUGGAAGACCCGGACGUGUGCAUCAUCGGAUCGGGGACCACGGGCAUGUCUGCGGCGUACCAUCUGGGCAAUGCGCUUGCGGCAGCAGGCGUUACGGAGCCUGUGAAGGUGGUGAUACUUGAAGCGAGAGAUUUCUGCUCGGGCGCCACAGACUUCAAACGGCUCGCCUCAACGUUCGGCACGGAUGACGCGCUGCGCGCAUUCACGCUCGAGCACCACACCGCGUCCUCGAUCCUGCAGAUCAUCAAAGACCACAAGCUCGAGACUGCCGUCGACCUCGUCGAGGACGGCCAUGUCGACCUGAUGUUCAUCCCGGAGGAGGUCGCGGACAUGCAGGCCGACUACGAUGCGGCCAAGCUCGCCGGCGUAAACCUCAGCAACGUCGAGUGGAUGGACAAGGCAGAGGUGGAAUCCAAUAUCCAGCGACAUGGCUCGUCGUACCCCGGUGUGCACAUCCCCGGCCACAAGCUCUGGCCACUCAAUUUCAUCACACAGCUCUACAAGCUUGCCGCCGCCUCCCUCAGCCUCGCGCUCCACACGCGCACGCUCAUCACGCUCAUCACGCGCUCUGCCAGCCCCGCACGGCUCUGGGACCUCGCCACCGCGCGGGGCACGCUCGCCUGUUCGCAUCGUCCCGACGCGCAGACAGAUCAUGGCGACCCGUGCGAACGCCACCACCGCGUCGCUCUUGCGCAGCUUGUUCUCCGCGAACGAGGACUUGGGGUACUGUUUGCGCCCGGUGCCCACGCCCGAGGAGAACCCGCUCGUCAUCCUCGGUGGUGCCCGCGAGGUGACGCUGCUCGCGUACUAGUUUUACGUCGCGGACGACUCGGUGGUGAAUCCGCGCGUCCGGAGGCGCUGAGGAAGUCCUUGCCGAGCGUGUUCCUGGGGAAAUAUGGGGAGGGCUGGAAGCCCGAGAUGGAAUGGGUCGGAUGCGUUGUCGAUCCUGCAACGCCAGGCUCGUGUGGGGGCCGUUGCGCAGAUGAUCGCGGCAGACAUCACGAAGCAGAGGUGGUCGCUUUCCAAGUGGCUUCCAAAGCACUAUAUCACGGCCACCUGAGAGUCGGAGGCAUAGCAGGGGAGUUGCAGUCGGUGGAGAGAACAGUGAGAGAAUUGUCAUAUUGGGACGAUGGCGGAGCAGAGGACCCGCAGGAAGAGCGCAAGGCUUGGGAAGCCCUCACGUACGAACCAGAAAAGUCCGGAAAACGGCGAAGGAUCGAGCGACGGCUGGCCAGAAUGUCAAGAGAGGAGCGAGACGAGUAUGCAUCGAAACUAGAGAAACACUACAUAUCCGGUAGUACCUGGCAUGGACAAAGUGCAUCCGGCACGAUCUACAUCCUCGCGACUGUCUUGGAGCGUGUCGAUAACGACUUACUAUGGCUAGCUAUUCUAGGUUUGACAUACCAAUACACCACCUCACGAAUUUCCCGUGAUGAAUACGACAAGUACCAAUCCAUCUACUAUGACGAAGUCGCUCGUCUCAACCCUCGCCCUUCUGCGUCCACCACCAACAAUUAUGACUUCAAGCCACAACAUCCAGAUGACCACUCCGCGUAUGCCGCGGACGAGCUGCGCUUUAUGAUGUUCCGCCACUGGAACUCUACGACGCGAUGUAUCACUCAAAUUACGUCGCGAGAGCGAGGGAGGAAGAGAUUGACUGGCUUGUUAGUUAAGAUCGGAUUCUCAAUUCCCGAGACACAACAGCCCUACCCUCACAUGGCGAAGGAUCUCAAGCUCUCCUUGCGAAGCAAACUCGACCAGAUUGCCCCGGAGUGCGGUCUUGCCGAAUUGUCAUAUCCGUCCUUCACGCGCUGUCACGGCUACCGAUCACAGCCGCUCUCCGCAGGCGACGCCGUAAAAGCGGUAUCCGUUUUGCUGGAUGUAGCUUGCGGCAUCCGCAUGGAGGUCGAGGUGGAAAAUGCACGCAACGGGGGCGAGUGGUCCGGAGGCGGGCGGGUCUGGGAUGGGGGCAAACAAUGUAGACGGAGAGAUGACGAGCGAGAGAACAUCCCUCCCGGUGGCACUGCCAGCGUGGUAAAGACGUCGAACGCAAUAGCUGCUGGAGAUGAACAGGACGAGGAUAGCGGCUGCGACGUGCCAUGGUGGGUGAAGAACUUCUGGACCGCGUUUGAUGCCCUCAACGACAUUCACGACAUCCGCACACUCCGCGGCCACCGCGUCGUCAUCCUCUCGCAAGGUCCCGACCUCGCGCUCUUCACACAUCCUGGUGUUCUCUCCCGGCUUGCGCUCUGGCUAGUCAGAACGCUGCAUGACCGGCUCCAGGGCACGAACCCCGCCUUCUCACGGAGCAAGCGCAAGAGCCUGCCCCUGGUCCUGGGGUGCAUGAACGAGAAGGAAGGGACGUAUAUCGUCGUUGGUAUCAUGGCAGCGCUCGAGUAUGGCAAUGUCCGUAAGAACGAGUUUGGCCUAGCCUUCUUAGACGCCAAAGAGCGAUGCAAUGCACGGACGCGACAUGGGUCGUUCGACACGAGCAUUCUGGAGAUCAACAAGGAUGAUCUGAAGGUCUUCCUUGAAACCCUGUGUGAAGCUGGAGACGGGCAUCGGUGAGAAUGCACAUAACUCCAUGGAUGGUUCAUCUUGUUUUU